AUGUGUGAAGAAAAUAAUAAAGAGAGUCAAGAAGAUGAAUUAUUUGCCUUAAAGGGAAUAUAUUGUGAUAAUGAAGUGAUCGAUAAUAGAAAAUCAGAGUGGAGUGAUUGGAGUCCGUUGGAUAUUCUUAUAACAUUGAAACCUCUUCACAGUGAAAAUGGAGUGCAUUGCUCGGUGAUUUUACAAUUUAUAUGCUGCCAUGAGUACCCUAACAAGCCUCCAAAAAUAUUAAUAAAUAAAUCAGUUGGUUUAUCUGAUGAAAAUAGGAAGAAAUUAUUAGAUGACUUAGACAAUUAUGCAGAAAAAUUGUGCAGAGAUGGAGAAGUUAUGAUAUACCAGUUGGCGCAAUAUACAAGGCAAUUUUUAGAUAAACAUAACAAACCAAUAUUAUCUUUCUAUGAAGAAAUGGUUAAAGAAAAGGAUAAAAUGGAGAAGUUGAAACAACAUGAUCUGAAAGUUAAGGAAAAUGAAGAGUUACAAAAAAUUAAAGUGGAAAUUCAAAGGCGAGAGGAAACACUACAAGGCAGAGAUAGUGACACCGUCAGUCUUAAUAGUGAAGAUAUGAAUGGACAAGGCGAUGUACAAAAAUUGGUUUACUAUGCAGAUGAUAAAAUGUCACCGGCUAGAAAAAUAUCUAAAAAGAAUAAAGAGGCCGUAACAUGUACAUGCAAUUUUAGUUGUCUUCAAACACUCAGGUGUACACAGAGGAAUUCGAAAAAAGUUUAUUUAGCCAAAUGUAUAGGUCAUUCCUCAAACGGAUCAACAACAUUCCCAGCGAUAGAUGACGAUGGGAAACAAUUAAUUGUUAAAGAGUGGAUAAUACCGCCAACUGAAAAGAUCUUAUUGCGAAAUCGCCAACUAAAUUCUAUACAGAAAGACUUGAAAGCAAUGUGCCACUUGAAAAACCCAUCACUCACCCCAUAUAUAGCUAUGGAAACUAAACAAAAGAAAGUCUAUCUAUUCAGAGAUUAUGUUGUAGGAAGUUCUUUGAAAUUGGUGUUAGAUAUGCAAAGUUUGAGUGGUUGCAAAAAUUUGAAGUUUUUGAGAUGUGUAGGUUUAGGUGUUUUUAGUGCUUUGAAAGAGUUACAUAAUGUUGAUGUGUUACAUAGGGAUGUUAGAAGAGAAACAGUGUUUGUGGAUAAAGAGUCUGUUAAGUUAGUCAGUGCUAGUUUAGAUGUGAGGUUAGCUGAAAUAAUGGACGGUGACACAUAUUGUGAUCGACAGACAAAAUCUCAAGAUAUUUAUGCAGCGGCACAGUUACUUCUUUCAAUUGUGACAGAAGACCCUUGUCAAGAAAUACCUUCAGACUUGCCCAGCUCUGCCAAAGACUUCUUUUCUAGGUGUCUAACUGAAGACGAAAAUGUGCAGUGGUCAGCAGAACAACUGGUAAAUCACGGCUUUCUCAUCGACACUCCAGCCGUUAUGCCCAAUGGGAAUGGACAUAGUAACGCCGAUAGUGAAAUAGAGGAGGAGGAUAGCAGGAAAAGAAUUCAAGAUAUCAAUACGUUAGUGAACGGCCAUUCGCGUUUAAAUGAAGAGUUUGAAGUUUUGGACUGGUUGGGUAAAGGUGCUUUUGGGGAUGUUCUAAAGGUGAGAAACAAACUCGACGGUGGUUUUUACGCGAUAAAACACGUCAAACUGAACCCUAAAAACGUUGAGCUUUAUAAAAAAAUAACUCGCGAAGUAAAACUACUAUCUCGUCUGAAUCACGAAAACGUAGUGAGAUAUUACAAUGCAUGGAUCGAAACUAUUAUAGAAAGUGACGUCGAGAAUAGCGAAGAUAGCGAAGCAGAUGAUACUCCUGUUAAGAAAAAGGAGAGUAGAGUGGAAGAACUUCAUGCUCUGUUGGAGCAAGAGAUACAGUUAGACUGGUCAAUAGCUGAUGGUCCGGUCCAAGUGAGAGAUGAUUUGUCAGAUAACGAGGAUGAUUCAGAUGAUUCUGGCGAAUCCGACGACUCUGAUGACCCGCCAUGGUUUAAUGCGACACCAGUUAGCGGUAAAAGCAGUAGCAUAGAGUUUGAAAUGAAUUCCAUUCAAAGUUUGACAAUGCCAUCAGAAGACAUUCCUUUUACACCUAUAUAUAAAAAGGUAUUGUCUAUACAAAUGGAGUUUUGUGAAAAGAACACACUGAGGCAGGCCAUAGAUAAUAGUUUAUAUAAGGAUCAUAUCAGGGCGUGGAGGCUCUUUAGAGAGAUUUUGGAAGGUUUAGCUCACGUCCACCAAAAAGGUAUGAUUCACAGAGACUUAAAGCCGGUGAACAUAUUUUUGGAUUCGAACGACCAUGUGAAGAUUGGGGACUUCGGUUUAGCGACCAAAGUCUUUACUGGAGUGCCCAUUGUUGAAAAUAAUCCAUCAGCUGAGGACGUAGAUGAAUUGCUUACGAGCCAAGUGGGCACAGCUCUGUACGUAGCCCCAGAACUCCAACAGUCUGCAUGUAAAGUGAUAUACAACCAGAAAGUGGAUAUUUACUCGCUAGGAAUCAUUUUGUUUGAGAUGUUCUAUCCACCUUUCACGACGACCGCAGAGAGAUAUGGAGUGGUGACGAAUCUGAGGAAAAAAGAAAUCAUUAUUCCGAAGGAAUUCGAAGAGAACAAUCCUAAACAAAUUCAUGUUAUAAGAUGGCUGCUCGACCACGACGCAAGUUCUCGACCAACCAGUCAAGAGCUUCUUACAUCUGAACACGUGCCUCGAGCGGUUCCAGAAGUAGAACUUUCUGGUGCAAUAACACACACAUUAAGUGAUAGAAGCUCCAGAGGCUACCUGAGACUGAUUUCUGAGUGUCUAAACCAAAAACCUUCCCCAGCAGUUGAAUAUACGUACCAUAGAGGUAUGAAGAUGAAGUCAAUGGAUGCGGUUGCCAGUAUUAAGGACUUGGUUAUAAAGGUAUUCCGUGAGCACGGCGCUACAGAGUUUUACCCACCACUCCUCCUGCCGCUCGCGGAGCGGUGGGCGCGCUACCCGAACGCGGUGAGGGUGAUGACGUCAUCGGGCACUGUCUGUCAUUUACCACACGACCUCAGACUGCCGUUUGCGAGGCACACGGCAUACUCUGGUACUAAAUAUAUGCGCCGUUACGUCGUCGAUCGCGUGUAUAGAGAGACUGAGAAGACGGUGAAAGGUUUUCAUCCACGUGAGAUUAUUGAAUGCGCUUUUGAUAUAGUUACACCAAAAACAGAUACUCUGUGGACGGACUCUGAACUACUCGUAGUGGCGACUCGUGCGGCGUCAGAGAUAUCCCUCAAAGUGUUCAUACAAUUGAAUCACACUGAACUGCUAUCCGCUUUGCUAUCCUCGUGUGGUGUGCCCUCGGAUAAACAUCCCAGCCUCUAUCCCGUAUUGGUGGAUGUUACUUUAGGUCGUAUAACUCGUCUGCAGCUACAAACCCACCUAACGACACUCUGUGUGACCGACCGCGAUAUAACUAAUAUAAGACGUUUAAUAGACGCGAAUGUUACUGUGGAUAAGUUGAGGGAGUUAGUGGGUUCGAUUGCUAAGAACAAAUGGAGUCAUAAAGUAGAAAGCUCCAUACAGCAGUUGGAAGUGGUUUGUAGUCAGGCUGAUGGUUUUGGUUGUAAUGUACCAAUCACAGUGGCGCCAUUCCUCGCGUACAAUGCGAUGCAACACAGUGGAAUAUUCUGGCAAAUGUCCGUCAUACAUGACCAGGGGACUGUUAAGAAUCGUUCGAGAAAUCUCAUAGCUGCUGGUGGAAGAUAUGAUAAUCUAGUCAAAGAAUUUUGGGGUAUAGCUCGAGCUGAGAAGGAACAUUACACAAGUUUGAACUGCACGUCUGUUGGUUUCUCAAUGUCGUUAGAAAGAAUGGCCACUUUGUUGAAGGGCGUGGAAUUAGACUCAUCGCCUGUGAUUAAAGAUAUUGAGCAAACAACCGUAUGCAUAUGCAUAUGCACAGACAACCAAAGCUCUUUAGAGAUGAAGAUCGCCCAGGAGUUGUGGGCUUGCGGUGUUCGCGCCGUGUUCUGGAUAGGUACCGUGGAGGACGCCCGCGAUGCCCAUUGCGGUGGUGUGGUGGGUGUACGCCAUUGCGGAGAGAGAGGGGAUGUGAUGUCCGUUUCGUAUGUUGAAGGGAAUCACUUACGAGAACAAAAGGUGCAGUCGUCGAAAUUAAUAGAUUUUAUAAAACAGAAAUUAAAUCUGGAUACCACAAUGAGGACUCCUGAAUAUAGUAAUAGAACGAUAAGUUGGUCAGAAAGCGAAAAGUCCAGUGGGCCCACUGUAUCUGUAACAUUUAUCACGGAUAGUGACAGAUUGACUAAGAAUUCUAAGAGACAGUGCGAAAUGCAGAUAAACAGCAAAAUAACGUCCAAUCUGGAAAGGAUAGGACUCCAACAACUAUCCAACCGCAUACGAGUGAGUGUACUCGCGCUCGCCUGCGACGCUCCCUGUGUCACUUUGCUCGCUUCGUAUCUCGUCGCACCGCUGGAGCAACACGCUCUAGCACGCUCCUUCACGCCGGUGGUUGACGCAUACAGCAAAUAUCACAAUAUUUUGAACGAAACGCUUAGAGAAUUAACAAAUAUUGUUAAACAAAGUGCUCAAGGGCGAUUUCCAGAAGAAACUCACUUAUACGCUCUCUAUUCUAUACCGGAUUCUCUUUGCAGGAUUAUCACU